AUGCCCCUCUUACCAACAGAUAAAACCUCAGUGGAACACACGAGGGUCUCUUGUAGUCCCGGUACUCAGGGCAGUUCCAUUCAGAAAUUAUCCUGUGAAGUGAAGCCGCAUUUAGGAAGCGUCCACUUCCAUUGGAAUCGGCGUUCGUCUAAUGAAGUCGCCCUUGAGCUCAAGAGGGAGAUCCGGGAAGUCGCCCUUGAGCCCGAGCAGGAGAUCCGGGAAGCUCGAGAAGGAGUCCCCUUGAGCUCGAGAAGGAGAUCCGGGAAGAGAUCCGGGAAGUCGCCCCAGGAGCUCGAGAAGGAGAUCCCGGGAAUUCGCCCAGGAGCUCGAGACCCAGGGACAAUCAAGCCCAAGAAGGUGACCCAGGAAAUCGCCCAAGAGCCGAGAAGGAGACCCAGGAAGUCGCCCCAAGCCCAAGAAAGACCCAGGAGCCCCCCAGACCCAGGGAAUCGCCCCUUGAGCUCGAGAAGGAGAUCCGGGAAUUCGCCCUCGAGCUCGAGAAGGAGAUCUGGGAAAUUCGCCCUUGAGCUCGAGAAGGAGACCCGGGAAGUCGCCCAGAGCUCGAGAAGCGAGACCCGGAAGUCGCCCAGGAGCUCCAGAAGUCGUCGCCCAGGAGCUCAAGAGGAGACCCGGGGAGUCGCCCUCGAGUCGCCCGAGAAGGAGACCCAGGGGAGUCGCCAAGAGACCGAGAAGGAGACCCAGGGAAGUCGCCAGAGCACCGAGAAGGAGACCCAGGGAGAGACCAGGGAAGUCGCCCAGGGUCAAGAAAGAGACCCGGGAGUCGCCCUCGAGCCCGAGAAGGAGACCCAGGAGUCAGGAGCCCAGGAGACCGAGAGGAGACCCAGGGAGUCGCCCCAGGAGACGAGUCGAGGAGGAAGUCGCCCAGGAAGCUCGCAGGAGAAGGAGACCCAGGAUGUCGCCCUUGAAGCCGAGCAGGAGAUCCGGGAAGUCGCCCUUGAGCUCGAGCAGGAGAUCCGGAUGAGCUCGAGAAGGAGAUCCGGGCCCCUCGAGCUCGAGAAGGAGAUCCGGGAAAUUCGCCCUCGAUCCGCUAUCGUCCACAGGUCUCUUCAUCCUCCGCUUCCUUCAAUCUCUAUCCUUUAUAUUGUUCCUGCGACGUGGGUGUUCCGAGCUAAGUUCCUUUUUUCUGUCGGUCGCUCGUGUGAACUAGGCAACGAGCACUUCGACGCUACUGAAUUCGAAUCAACACUUCGAAACUCUUGUGAUACAAUCCACAAUGAACCACAGACCCUCAUGACGCCUGAUCCCCUGGCAGCUUGA